CUUCGCGUCUUUUUAUCCCAAGGCGGCUUCAUCUACUGCAUCACAGGAGAAGCUCACAUCACACAGAAGCUAUGGGGAGAACUCUGCUGAGGACGCUGGCGGUUCUGCUGUGCGUCCUGACCACCUGUGCUGAUGACACUCCUAAAGCGUUCAACCUGGAGAAAAUGGCAGGCAGAUGGUUCCGUGUCGGCAUGGCGACCAACGCGGAGUGGUUUGUGAAGAACAAGGCCGACAUGAAGAUGGGCACUACUGUGUUUGCACCAACUGCUGAAGGAAACCUGGAGCUCUCUUCUGCCAUACUGAAAGAUGAUGGCACCUGCUGGAGAUAUAGUAACCUCGCCAACAAAACUGACAAUCCUCAACGCUUCGUCUACCACAGCAAGAUGUGGAACAAUAACAAUGACAUGCUGAUUGUUGAGGCCGUGUACGACGACUACGCUCUGAUCUCCACCAAUAAGACGAAGGGCUCAGAGUCGUAUGUUACCACUGAGCUUCUCAGCCGUACUCAGGAGGCCCGCGUUGCUCUGCAGCAGAAUUUUACUCAGUUCUCUGUUCUCUCUGGCGUCCUCCCAGAAAACACAGUAAUCCUGGCUAAAAACGACGAGUGUCCAGAGGAACCCGCUGUUGAUCAAUGAAGUCCUGCAGACAUGAAAUGCAGAUUGACAUUUUCAUUUGGAAUGAAGGUUACAGAAAAUAAAGUUUUAGUGAACUAAUUUCUACUCAAA